AUGACUUUAAAACAGAUUGAAGUUUGCCCAAUACCCUCAUUCAGAUUUGCCCAAUACCCUAAUUCAGAUUUGUCCAAUGUCCUCAUUCAGAUUUUCCCUAAACCAUCAUUCAGGUUUGCCCAAUUCCCUCAUUCAUGUGUGCCCAAUGCCCUCAUUCAGGUUUGCCCAAUGCCCUCAUUCAUGUUUGCCCGAUCACCUCAUUCAGGUUUGCCCAAUCACCUCAUUCAGGUUUGCCCAAAACCCUCAUUCAGGUUUGCCAAAUUCCCUCAUUCAGCUCCCACCCCUUGCACCUACAGCUCCCACCCCUUGCAGCUACAGCUCCCACCCCUUGCAGCUACAGCUCCUGCCCCUUGCACCUAUAGCUCUACCCCCAGCUCCCGCCCCUUAAACCUACAGCUCCAACCCCAGCUCCCGCCCCUUGCACCUUCAGCUCCCACCCCAGCUCCUGCCCCUUGCACUACAGCUUCCACCCCAGCUCCCGCCCCUUGCACCUUCAGCUCCCACCCCAGCUCCCGCCACUUGCACCUUCAGCUCCCACCCCAGCUCCCGCCACUUGCACCUUCAGCUCCCACCCCAGCUCCCACCCCUUGCACCUUCAGCUCCCACCCCAGCUCCCGCGCCUUGCACCUUCAGCUCCUACCCCUUGCACCUACAGCUCCCAUCCCCUUACACCUUCAGCUCCCACCCCAGCUCCGGCCCCUUUCACCUACAGAUCCUAUCCCCCACUCCAGCCCCUUUCACCUACAGUCCUACCCCCCACUUCCACCCCUUGCACCUACAGCUACCACCCCCAGCUCCCACACCAUGCAUUGUAUGCCCAAAUAUCUUGUUAAGCAAGAACACCUGAAAACAAGCAUGAAAUUAACCUGGCUUUCAGGAAAAAGGACACUGUAA